CAUUUCUUCUUCCAUCCCUCUCUCUCUCUUAAAAUCUUUAGGCAAAAGCAGAAAGGAGUUUUGGAAGCUCUUAGCUGUACAAUACGAAGAAGCCCGUAGUUACCGAUACUGAAGAAAAAGGAUCUGCAGUUCUCUCUCUCUCUUCGCGUUCGUUUUUUUUCUUUGUUUCUCAGAUGCUGGUGGAUCGAUUGAGCUUUAUUGUCAACUUGAAAGGCUGCUGAACUAGAAGAAGUAAUCGUGUCUGUAUGCUGAUUUUUGUCCGUUUCGGUUUUCAUUUCAAUCUUCUGCUUGUCUAGGGUUCUACGGGCGUUAUUCUUUUUGAUUCUACUCCAGUUGUUCAACUUAGGUUGGGAUAUAUGGCGAAUCGAGUGAAGGAGGAUGAGAAGAACGAACGGAUUAUACGCGGUCUUCUGAAGUUGCAGGAGAAUCGCCGGUGCAUCAACUGCAACAGCCUGGGACCACAGUACGUCUGCACAAAUUUCUGGACGUUUGUUUGCACAACCUGUAGUGGAAUACACCGUGAGUUCACACACCGGGUAAAGUCAAUAUCAAUGGCCAAAUUUACUUCUCAAGAAGUCAGCGCCCUUCAAGAAGGAGGAAAUCAGCGUGCAAAGGAAAUUUACUUUAAAGAGUUGGAUCCACAGCGUCAUUCUUUUCCUGACAGCAGGUCUAACGUUGUGAGACUCAGAGACUUUAUCAAGCAUGUUUAUGUGGAUAGAAGAUAUAGUGGUGAUAAAAAUUUUGACAAGCCGCCUAGGGUAAAAUCGGGUGAAAAAGAGGACUUUUAUGAAACCAGGAGAACAGAUACAUAUGCAGGAGGUUCUAGAAGCCCACCAUAUGAAGACCGCCGCUACAACGAAAGGUCUAGUCCUGGGGGAAGAAACUUUGAUGAGAGAAGAAGUCCAGGAUCUGAUCACGAAAAUCGGCAGUUUGGUGAUUUUAGGAAGAGUCCUGCUCGUUCUGAAGUUGUGAAUGAUUGGCGUCGAGAAGAUAGAUUUGAAAAUGGAAAAAGAGUAGAAGAUGGAAGAUUAUCCGAUGGAGAUUCAAAAAUUGGAGGCAGGUCACCUGAGCGACCAAAUGACCUGGAUGCUUCCAGUCCCCCCACAGUACGGCCUGUUAGGGAUAUUUUGGGAGAGAACGUAUCUCCACUUCGUGUAAUUGAACCACCAAAAAGUAGUGGUACUAGCAAGGUUCCUGAUAGCUCCGUGCAUAAACAGAGAACUGCUUCUUCCAGUAGCUUAGGGUCCAUCAGUGAGAAUGUUGUGGAAACUAAAUUGGAGCCUUCUGGAAGUUUAAUUGAUUUUGAUGCAGAACCUGAACCUAUUACUUCUGCAGUUCCACAGCCACCACAAAGUUCUGCUCCACAACCUAUAACACACACCGUGAACUCUACAAGCGACAACAAUUGGGCCUCGUUUGAUGUUGCCCCUCAGGCACCUCCUGCUCCUGCUAAUGUUGGCACAUUAGAGUCUGUACUUUCCCAAUUGUCAGUUUCAGGUUCUGUUCCUGGUGUUUCAGGAUUACAUGCUGCUGCUGGUGCAAUACCUAAUGCACCGGUAGGCAACAUGACAAUAUUACCAACUGGUUUUGAUCCUUCUUUUGGAUCAGGAGGGAACACCCAUAUGCCUCCUCCCUUUUCUGGCGGGGCACCUUCAGCUGCACCAGGGGCUGGCUUGUCAACAUUUCCUCCAUCAGGGCAAUGGUCUAACAUGCAGUCGCAGACACAUUCUUUAUUUCCUGGUGGUAAUUCUCAGCCUGUGGGUCAACAAUUUCCACCGUCAAUUGACAGAUCCAUCAAUCAUGCGCCAUGGAAUGCUUCACAAAACUCCCAAGGACCUCUAAGUAAUCCAGCAGCACAUGCACCUCAAGAUUUUUCAACUCCUUCGCAGGCAAUAACUUCUGGUGUACCACAAACUUCUGCACCUGAAGUAAAGCCAAGCGGGAGAAAAGAAUUGCCAGCCGAUCUUUUUACUCUUAAUUACUCAUCGUACCCUGCACCAGUUCCUGGGUGGCAUACUGUUCCGCCACGCCCCAUGGUUUAUGCAAUGCCAUAUAAUUCAGCAAUGCCCGUACCAAGUUUUCCACAAUCUUCUACAUCUACAAAUCCGUUCGAUCUCAGCAGUGAACAACCACAGUUUCCUUCCAUGGCAUCAUUGCAAAAUGCUUUGCCAAGUGGGCAACCUACAUCAAAUUUAAUACACAAUCCCGGCUACGGUAAUCCCACAUCGACAUGGAUGCCACAUCAGCCACCAUCUAACUUAUUGCAGUUGCCUCCCCAAGGGCCGUAUCCAUCUACAAUGCCUUCAAGGCCACCUUACAUGGGACAGCAUGUAGCCAGCAACGUACAACCUUACAGGCAUCCUGGACUUAGCAACUACGGUAACGAGGGAGCCGCUAAUGCGUACACAGACAUGAGCCAGCAGACAGGUGGUAGAUUCUCGGCACCCGCUGAUCCGAACCCUUUCUCAUCCACCGGAGGUAACCCAUUUGGCUAGUGAGAAAAUGGAAUAGCCUGCCCUGGCAUUAUUGUCUUGUCUUAUUGCUCACCAUCAAGUCCCUCGGUGAAAAAGUUUUGGUAUCCAUUGCAAGUCUCUUAUUAUAUUAUGUUUAUCAGUGAGAUAAAACGAGUCAAAAUUAUCCUGUUGGCACUGUACAUUUUGUUUGAUGUCCGAGGGGGAAAAAUCUUAAGAGAGAGAGAGAGGAGUAAAAAAAAAAAUAUAGGUUUCAAAUGGAGGCGUAUAUUAUUUCUCUAGGCUAUGGUUGGUGAUUUUAGGUGUUAGUAAGAGUUUCCAACGGGUUAUUUGUGCGUUUAUUUUUACCUUUCUUUUCCUCAAGUUGUAUAAUUUUUCUUUUUGUUUGUUUGUAUUUUAUUUUUUCACUCUUUUUUUUUCCCUUUGUGUUAAUUACAUAAUUUGUUCAUUAUUGUGAGUUAUGAUAUAUUGUUUGGAGAAAGUUGUAGCAAAACAAUUCAAAUUGCAGGCUUUGCAGCGACGGUUCAGUGAA